AUAAAUUUAACUCUUUUCAAAAUGCAAUUCUUGAGCUUGGCUUCCAUUUUCCUUUUUUUAUCUUUUCUGUUUUUGUUAAGGAAAUGGAAAAACUCGAAUAGCCAAUCGAAAAAAUUGCCUCCAGGUCCAUGGAAACUUCCUUUACUAGGAAGUAUGCUUCAUAUGGUUGGUGGACUUCCACACCAUGUUCUUAGAGAUUUAGCCAAAAAGUAUGGACCACUUAUGCAUCUUCAACUUGGUGAAGUCUCUGCUGUUGUUGUUACUUCUCCUGAUAUGGCGAAAGAAGUACUGAAAACUCAUGACAUCGCUUUUGCAUCUAGGCCUAAACUUUUGGCCCCGGAGAUUGUUUGUUACAACAGGUCUGAUAUUGCGUUUUGCCCCUAUGGAGAUUACUGGAGACAAAUGCGUAAAAUUUGUGUCUUGGAAUUGUUGAGUGCCAAGAAUGUCCGGUCAUACAGCUCUAUUAGGCGCGAUGAAGUUGAUCGUCUUGUUAAUUUUAUCAGGUCAUCUUCGUCUUCGGAUGAGCCGGUUAAUUUUACUGAAAGGUUGUUUUUGUUCACAAGUUCCAUGACAUGUAGAUCAGCAUUUGGGAAAGUGUUUAAAGAACAGGACAAAUUUAUACAACUAAUCAAAGAAGUGAUUGGGUUAGCAGGAGGAUUCGAUGUGGCUGAUAUCUUCCCGUCAUUGAAGUUUCUCCAUGUGCUUAGUGGAAUGAAAGGUAAAAUAAUGAAUGCUCAUCAUAAGGUAGAUGCAAUUGUUGAAGAUGUAAUCAAUGAGCACAAGAAGAACAUUGCAAUGGGGAAAACUAAUGGUGCAUUAGGUGGUGAAGAUCUAAUUGAUGUUCUUUUAAGACUUAUGAAUGAUGGAGGCCUUCAAUUUCCGAUCACCAACGACAACAUCAAAGCUAUUAUCUUCGACAUGUUUGCUGCGGGAACAGAGACUUCAUCAUCAACACUAGUGUGGGCAAUGGUGCAACUGAUGAAAAAUCCAAGUGUAUUCGCCAAAGCUCAAGCAGAAGUGCGAGAAGCCUUUAAAGACAGAGAAACGUUCGAUGAAAAUGAUGUGGAGGAGCUGAAAUACUUGAAGUUAGUCAUUAAAGAAACGCUAAGACUCCAUCCACCAGUUCCACUUUUAGUCCCAAGAGAAUGUAGGGAAGAGACGGAUAUAAACGGUUACACUAUUCCUGUGAAGACCAAAGUCAUGGUCAAUGUUUGGGCAUUGGGAAGAGAUCCGAAAUAUUGGGAUGAUGCAGAAAGCUUUAAGCCAGAGAGAUUUGAGCAGAGCUCUGUAGACUUUAUUGGUAACAAUUUUGAGUAUCUUCCGUUUGGGGGUGGGAGAAGGAUUUGUCCCGGGAUAUCAUUUGGUUUAGCUAAUGUUUAUUUACCGUUGGCUCAAUUGUUAUAUCACUUCGAUUGGAAACUCCCUAACGGAAUGGAGCCAAAAGACUUGAACUUGACUGAAUUGGUUGGAGUAACUGCUGCCAGAAAAGAUGACCUUAUUUUGGUUGCCACUCCUUAUCAACAAUGAUUUUCAACAGUUUCAUUUUUAUAGAAUAAUUUCCUACUGAGCCCAAUUAUUAUCCUAU